CAUUUACUAAUUAAAAUACAAUGUUGAAUUUGUUUAAUGUAAACAUCCUAUAUGUUCUCGGCAAAGAUCUAUUGGCGGGCAAAUUACAACCUGUACGCGUUGUGUUCGAAUACUACAGUGCCUUCACGAAUAACAUCGUUAUUUCUUUAGUGUUUAUAUUAUAAUAAUGUUUUUAAAGAAACUGUAUAAACCAUAAUAUUAUUUCUAUUUUAUGUAAUUGAUAAUUGUGCAGCAUGACGAGUUUGCAGAAUACCGGGAGAUACCGGGCAAGUCGUUUCAAUGUAAAGAAUGAUCAAAAUCAAGAAGGAAAUCCAUCAGGUGAUGCUUCGGGGGGUAGACUGAAUGAAGCCAAUGAAAAUAUCAGAGUAGAUGGAUUAUAUGGAUUUCAGAGGGUAACAGACAUUAAAGAGAGAAUAGGAUUUCUUAUUAACAUGCAUGCAACAGAAAUUAUAGAAGACGAUAAAAGAUUGUUCAGUGGAGUAGAUUAUUACUUCCUUGAAGAAGACUGCACUAGAUUUAAGGUUUCUUAUCCUUAUUGUCCAUAUUUUUAUAUUUUAUGCAGAAAGGAUACAUAUGAAGAAGUAUCCACCGGCUUAAAUAAAAAAUAUGGUGGGCUUAUACAUAAAUUGGAAACACUUUACAAAGAAGAUCUUGACUUACCAAAUCAUUUAAUUGGAUUACAACAAAAAUAUCUUAAACUGUCUUUCUUAAGUACAGUAGACUUGAUUAAAGUAAGACGUGAUAUAAUGAAAGCUGUAAAAAUUAAUAAGGAGAGGGAAAAAGGUCAUACUUAUUACACAGAUAUGUUGUCAAGUGUGUUAAAUAAAGAUUUGGAGACUGGAAAUCCCAAAAAACAAACCAUAGAUUUUACAGAUAAUAUUCUUGAUAUUAGAGAAUACGAUGUACCUCAUCAUGUAAGGGUGUCCAUAGACAUGAAAAUCUUUUGCGGUAAUUGGUAUUCUGUAAAAACAAGAGGAAAUGAGGUACCAAUUAUAACUAGGAGAGAAGAUAUCAUUGAACCAAUAGAGCCAAUUGUGCUAGCAUAUGAUAUUGAAACUACAAAGCUACCUUUGAAAUUUCCAGAUGCUAACACUGAUCAGAUAAUGAUGAUAUCCUAUAUGAUUGAUGGACAGGGAUACUUAAUAACAAACAGAGAAAUUAUAUCAAAAGAUAUUGAUAGCUUUGAGUAUACACCAAAACCAGAAUUUGAAGGAUACUUCACAGUUUUCAAUGAACCCAAUGAAAAAGCUACAAUUAAAAAAUUUUUUGAACAUAUAAACGAAAUUCGGCCACAUAUAUUCGUCACAUACAAUGGAGACUUUUUUGAUUGGCCAUUUGUAGAAACUAGAGCAGCUAUCCAUAAUAUGGAAAUGAAAGACGCCAUUGGGUUCUCAAAAAAUCGUGAUGGAGUUUAUUAUAGUAGGCCAGCUAUGCAUAUGGAUUGCUUAUGCUGGGUAAGACGGGACUCAUACUUACCUGUAGGCUCUCAAAAUUUGAAAGCUGUUGCAAAAGCAAAACUUAGAUAUGAUCCUGUGGAACUAGAUCCUGAAGAAAUGUGCAGAUUGGCAUCUGAGGAGCCAGAAACCCUUGCAAAUUAUUCAGUUUCCGAUGCGGUUGCAACAUAUUAUUUGUACCAAAAAUAUGUUCAUCCUUUUAUAUUUGCCUUGUGCACUAUAAUCCCUAUGGAACCAGAUGAGGUACUUAGGAAGGGAUCUGGGACAUUGUGCGAAUCCCUUUUAAUGGUGCAAGCCUACCAAGCUAACAUUAUAUUUCCUAACAAGCAAGAGACAGAACUAACCAAAUUUACAAGAGACGGUCAUCUGCUGGAUUCAGAAACCUACGUUGGAGGACACGUAGAAGCCCUCGAAUCUGGCGUAUUCAGGGCCGAUAUUCCUUGUCGUUUCAAAAUAGUACCGAGUGCAGUAGAGAAGCUAAUAAAUGGUGUUGAAAAUGCCCUAAAGCAUGCUCUGCAGGAAGAGGAAAAAGUUCCAAUGGAUAUGGUUACAAAUUUUGAUGAAGUAGUUGAGGAGAUCAAGGGAAAGCUAGAAUCUCUAAGAAGUCAGCCACUAAGAUUGGAAAAUCCUGUGAUCUACCACUUAGAUGUCGGUGCCAUGUAUCCUAAUAUUAUUUUAACCAAUCGUCUUCAACCGUCCGCAAUCGUGGAUGAGACAAUUUGCGCCGCGUGUGAUUAUAACAAACCAGGAGCUCUUUGUCAAAGAAAUAUGCAAUGGAUGUGGAGAGGAGAAUAUUUGGCUGCAAGUUUAAGCGAAUAUCAGAGAAUGCAGCAGCAAUUGGAAACUGAGAAAUUUCCACCACAAUUUCCUGGCGGUAAUCGACGAGCUUAUCAUGAACUAUCUAAACUGGAACAGGCAGCAUUCGAGAAGAAACGACUCUCAGAAUAUUGUAAAAAAGCCUAUAAAAAAGUUAAAGUGACGCGAAUGGAAGAGAGGACGCAAACAAUUUGCCAAAAAGAGAACUCUUUUUACGUUGAUACUGUCAGAGCGUUCAGAGAUAGGAGAUACGAGUACAAAGCGCUUACGAAAGUUGCUAAGCAACAAGUAGCCGCAGCGGUAGCAAAAGGGGAUGCAAGUGAUAUUAAGUCUGCAAAAAAUCGAGAAGUACUCUACGAUUCAUUACAACUCGCUCACAAGUGUAUUUUAAAUUCCUUCUACGGAUACGUUAUGAGAAAAGGAUCCCGAUGGUUCAGCAUGGAAAUGGGAGGAAUAGUAUGUUACACAGGGGCACACAUUAUCAUGAAAGCCAGAGAAAUCAUAGAGCAAGUUGGACGACCCUUAGAAUUGGAUACUGACGGAAUUUGGUGUGUGUUACCCGCGUCUUUUCCUGAUAACGUGAUAGUACAUACCACUCAUCCAAAAAAGUCGAGACUCACGCUAUCUUAUCCUAACGCUGUCUUAAAUUUUAUGGUGAAAGAUCAAUUCACUAACGACGCCUAUCACGAGCUCGUGAAUCCUGAUACUUUCACUUACAAAGUCAGAAACGAGAAUUCUAUUUUCUUUGAGGUAGAUGGACCAUAUUUGGCUAUGGUAUUACCCGCGGCAAAGGAAGAGGGGAAGAAAUUAAAAAAACGAUACGCCGUAUUCAAUUUUGAUGGUUCUUUAGCUGAAUUGAAAGGGUUCGAAGUAAAACGAAGAGGUGAACUUCAAUUAAUUAAAAUCUUUCAGACCUCUGUCUUUGAAUCCUUCCUGAAAGGAAACACAUUGGAGGAAUGUUACGCAUCCGUGGCUAAAGACGCAGAUUAUUGGCUUGACGUUCUUUACAGCAAAUGCGCUGACAUGCCAGACGCGGAAUUGUUUGAGUUGAUAUCCGAAAAUAAAUCGAUGUCGCGUAAAUUGGAGGAUUACGGGGCACAAAAGUCUACGUCCAUAUCCACGGCCAAGAGAUUGGCUGAGUUUCUAGGUGAUCAAAUGGUGAAGGAUGCUGGGCUAGCAUGUAAAUAUAUCAUUGCUAAUAAGCCGCACGGUGCACCGGUCACUGAGCGAGCAAUACCAUUGGCAAUCUUUCAAUCAGAACCGGCAAUCAGAAGACAUUAUCUGCGCAAAUGGUUAAAGGAUCCAGGUUUGCAAACCGAUGAUAUUAGACAAAUCUUGGACUGGGGUUACUACAUAGAACGGCUUGGUAGUGCUAUUCAGAAGAUCAUUACCAUUCCGGCUGCGAUACAAGGGAUUUCCAAUCCGGUACCUAGAGUGAAGCAUCCAGACUGGUUGCACAAAAAGAUAAUGGAGAAGAGUGUGACACACAGACAGAAGAAGAUUACAGAUAUAUUCUCAGUAGUGUCAAAAAAUGUGAGAGGAGAGAGCGACAAUGACGAGGAGGUUGAUGACGAGGACGGCCAAGAAGCAGGACCAUCUGAACCACGGGAUAUUGAAGAUCUGACAGAUAGAGGACAUCCAUUCAAGCGACCUUUGCCGAUAGUGCAUAAAAGAAAAAGACCUUUGGAGAACGAGGAAGAACAGGAUAAGAAUAAAAGCUGGAAGGAAGUUUUAGGUUCGCCACCACCAAUGGGAACAACGAAGGAGGAAAGACUCAAAUGGUUAGAUUUUCAUAAACAGAAAUGGGCUUACCAAGCGAAACAGAGAAUUGAACAUCAACAGAGUAAGAAGAGUAAGAGGUCUAUGAACGACAAGGAACAAGUCAGCUGGGGUGUUGCAAGAAAUACCGAGACGAAUACUUUGGGCGGUUUCUUAAGAAAGGCUCAAAAGAAAUUGCUCACCUCAGCCUGGCAAAUUGUUCAAAUAUUCCCAACUAAUGAGCCUGGUUUGUUCAGAUUGUGGGUGCUGGUUGACCAUGAUCUCCACUCAUUACGUCUCAUAAUACCUCGCAUAUUUUAUGUUAAUACGCGGACACCGAGACCAGAUCCAGAACCUGGUCAAAACGUAACUUGGAUGAAAAGUUCGAAAGUUUUACCUCGAUCACGACCAAUACAUAACUUGUAUCGUUACUCUGUCCCAGAAGCUCUGUACCAAGUGCAUAGUCAAGAGUUGCUGGAAGAUUUGAGUAAACCAGAUAUCGAGGGAAUAUAUGAGACGCAAAUGUCAUUAGAAUUCAGAGCAAUACUUGAAUUAGGAUGCGUUUGCACGGUGGAUCCCAAGGCAGCGAGAAAAAUGGCCGAUGGCGCGGAUACAUUCACCUUAGAUCAACUGGAAUACAAAAGUAUUGCUGUGCAACCGUAUCUUCCAGAUGUUCAUAAAAUUAAUUACAUUUUUCUAUACCAUCACUGGAGCUCCAAUCACCAGAGAGCAUUCUGGGGACUCUUUCUAAAUGCAAGUAAAAGAGUUCAUAUCUUUGUCUUGGACUCGGUAUCAUCGAAUCAGAUGCCUAAUAUGAAUUCACUAUAUAGCCAAGAACGAAACACUGUUAUAUCCAUGAACGGAGAAGACAAGAUAAAAGCUUUACCAGAAUCGAUGCAAUUCGUUUUAAGAUUUGAAACAAGUUUCCAACAGGUCUGCCGUGUUCUACAAGCAGCCAUAACAGCAUAUAAAAACGAGGGACACGAUGCGACAGUAUUUAUUGUUCAAACUGCUCUAGACAAAACAACACUCACAACUCAGAUGCCAUUACUUAAUGAUUUUCCGUUAAUCAACACCCACGUUCAAGAUAUUGAAGAUUUGUACAACACAAUCGAGUGGCAGAAAGUAGGUGCAAAAAUAAUGAUUCGACAUUAUUUCAAGAGUCAACAAAUUCUUGAAUUAAUGGCAGAACAAUGCCGGUUCUUCCACGCACCUAUUGGAAACAUUCCUGCAGAUCCUACACUCUUUGGUGCAGAUUUGUUUUUUGCUAGGCACUUGCAGAAACAUAACUUCGUAUUAUGGUGUUCUACUACAGAAAAACCAGAUUUAGGAGGCAGCGAGAAUGAUGAUAAUAGAUUAUUGGUAGACUUUGAAGAGAGCUCCCACUGUGCUACAAACAACUCAGGAACUUAUUCCAGUGUAUGCAUUGAACUGGAGAUAGACAGUUUGGCUGUAAAUACCUUGCUACAAUAUCAUCACAUUCAUGAUAUUGAUGGAACAAGUUCCUUUGUUGCAUUUCAUAAUCAACAAAUGGCAUCUGUUCAAGAUCUAGCAACGGGUGAUCCUAUGGCAAAUGUAAUUCCCAGUUAUGAUGAAACUGCUCUUUGCAGUCCUGCUUUCAGAGCACUGAGGGGUAUGGUUAACGCAUGGCUACUGGACGUUUCAGUUUACAAAAAUGUAUUUGCAGAUUAUCAGAUUAUUCACUUCUAUAGAUGGCUGCGUUCACCUAAUGCAUUGCUUUAUGAUCCAGCUUUGACACGAACACUGCACAAUUACAUGAAAAAACUAUUUAUACAAUUAUUGGCAGAGUUUAAAACAUUGGGUUCCAUUAUUAUUUUCGCCAAUUUUAAUAAAAUCAUUGUAUGCACCAAGAAAAGGACAGUCAACGAUGCAUUGGGUUACAUGGAAUUUGUCGUUCAAACGAUACGUAACAAGGAAAUAUUUCAUAGUAUCGAAAUCACAUAUGAGCAGUGCUGGGAGUAUUUGAUAUGGCUUGAUGUUCACAACCAUGCUGGUGUAAAAGGAAAAUUGCCAAAGGAUAUGGAAAAUAAUGCUGAAGCAGAUACUCUCGACGACGAGAAUAAGGACGAGGAUGACGAUGAUUCGCCGGAAAUUAUAAUGAAAUGGAAUUUGAUGGAGUGCCUGCCAAGAGAAGCUGCUUGCCAAUCAAGUUUUAGUGUUAUUAUAGCGGGCUACAUAAACGCAAUUUAUCAAUUUAUGGUUGAAAACGAACAAUUAAAUUGUAGCAUAAAACCUAGAAGAAGACCAACUAGUUUAAGUCAAAGUUUAUCAGCACAGUUAGGAUUAGGAGCACUCGAGAAUACUGCAGACUUUGCUAAGAAGCUUAUAUCAGGAGAUAUGUCUCAGAAACUUUUCCAAAUUGUACAAAAAAUAUACAAGAAGCUUCCAGAGAAAGAAUUAUCUAUUCAAGAAUAUCCAAACUUGGAUUUAGACGGCAAAGAGAGUAAAAAAAUAAAUCCAGCUUUAGAGUUAAUUAAAUCUAUUUGCAAGGUUUUAUCUUUGGACAAAGAAGUCGACACGGAAGUAUAUAAUUUACAAACUAAUAUGUUACGAUUGAUCAAAAUCGGCAGUUUCAGUGAUGCGGUUGAAUGGAAAGAUCCAUGUAUUUCGUUAAUUUUGCCGGAAAUCAUUUGUAAAGCAUGUAAUCAUACAAGGGACAUAGAUCUUUGCAAAGACAAUUAUUGCGUUAUGGAAAGCAACAGAUACCUGUGGAAAUGUCCACUCUGCAAAAUGAGCUAUGAUAACGAAGAAAUAGAGUUCCUUCUAAUAGAUGUAUUAAAUCGCAAAAGUAUGGGAUAUAUGUUGCAAGAUUUACAAUGUUGCAAGUGUAAAGAAAUUAAAAGAGAAAACAUGAACGACCUCUGUUCCUGUUCUGGGAAUUUUAAGACUCUGAUCUCUAGAAAUGAUGUAGUAAAAUUUGUGAAGAUAUGUAGAUCUGUUGCCAGAAAGUGCAACAUGGAAACAUUAAUGGAAAUCGUCGAAAACACAAAGCUUCUAACGGGUUCCAUAUAAUUUCAAGGUUUUAUAUUUUUGUAUUAUAAAUGAGUUGCUGUAAAUUAUGUUUAUUUAUUUUGUUUUUAAUUAUUUCUAACAUAAAUAUGUGCAUUCAGGGAAGAUGGUAUUUAAUUUACACCUGUAUAUACAAUUUCACAUGUAUAUUUUUACAAUUGAUUGCUUAAUAUUAUAUGUAACAAUUUCAAUACAUCUGUUCUAAUCAUGUGUA